AUGGGUCAGGUGCGACCUGAACCCUUGGUGCUCCAGGCAGGAUCGGAGGAGCUGUUCUCACACGAGCUGGAAACCAUCAAUGUGGUCGACAUCAGGAUGUCCUCCCCUUGUCAUUCAGGAAUGCCCAAUAACACCGGAGAUGAAAACAACAGUGAUGUGGAACAUGAGCUGGAUGUCACACCUGACGGUCUGCUAGAACACGAGACCAGUGAUGUCUGCAUAAGCGCUCCCACUGAUGUGUCUGAAAAGGAAAACAACCGUCCCUCACCUGGUGCAAACUCAGAAGGAACCCCCACAAGGACAAUGGUGGAACUGUCGCCUGGAACACGGCUAGCAAGAAUCAGGUCUAGGAAAAGGGGUGGAUCUGCAAUCCACAAUGCUGCAGACCGAUUUCUGACACAGGCCUCUGAGGAACAUCAGGAAGAGAUGGAGCAUCGCAGGAGGGAACAAGAGGAGACCAGGAAAUGGCGUGAAGAGGAGGGACGCCGGCACAAUGAUUUUCUUCUGGAGACCAGAAUGGAGCGCCAAAUGUUCCAAGAGGCCUGGUCAGAAAACAUUGAUGUGAUGCGAUCAUGUGUGGGAACGCUUAGAGAGUUAGGGAACGCCAUUACACGUCAACAGCAGCAAGUUUCCCAACAGUUGGUCCCUGUCACUGUGCAGGAGUGCUCCUCUGACUUAGGCAGAAAGGGGGCACCCAAGAGAUCUUGUGUGGGAAAAGCAAGGGAUCGUUUCACACCAUAG